UUUGUGACUUCCGGGAGCUCAGCCCCAGUCGUGCCGUUGCCAGGAAACAGAAAGGAGCUGUGGCGGCGUGACCUACAAGUAGGCCGGGGAGAUCGUGGAGGCAGGCCGGGGAGAGGGACGGAGUGUUGUCGUGUGGGGAUGAGCGUGGGCAGCCCGUCACAGGCAGUGCACUGAAGCAUCCAAAAUACCACAAGCCUUAUGAAGCAGCUGCGUGAAAAUAAAGCUGGGGGCCAUCCCCAAAAGAAGAAUUCCCCCUCUGGUAAGGACAGUAGGACUCCAGUACAGUUUCCAGAUGACAGUGGGCAGAUUGAUAUCCUAAACCCAAAACUCUUGGCCCAAAAACGACCUCUGCAAGGUUUGAGCAGCAUGGGAGGUGGUGCUGCAGGAAGUGAUGAUGCCAAAAGACCUAAGCUCUUGCCCGAAGUGAGUUCACCUAGCCAAGAAUCUGAAGAGGAGUCAGAUGACAGUGAUUAUGAGAGAGUGGAGAGUGAUAAUGAUGUCAGUGAUAAUACAGAGAGUGAUGAAGAUGAUGGGGAUGAAACUGGCAGUGAUGCAUCAGAAAGUAGUAAUGAAGAGCCUGAAGAAACCGCAGACCAGCCUUCUUCAAGGCCUGAUUUAACAAAAGAAUUGUCUUCAAUGUCUUUUGAGGAACUGUUACAAAUGAGGAACCAAGUUGGGAUGAAGGCUUAUCAGCAGAUGACAUCUAAGAAAAGAGCACCAGAUGUCACAAAAACAAAGAAGAGGCAGUGUUUGAGCAAAAACAGGCCUUUGGAAACUUCAGCCAAAAUGCCAGUACCUUUUUUGCGGCAAGUAGUGCCUGUUAAGAAAAAGGUGUCCCGAGACCCUCGUUUUGAUGACCUCUCUGGGGAAUAUAAACCAGAAGUGUUUGAAAAAACAUACAGUUUCUUGAAUGAUCUGAGGAAGAAGGAAAAAGAGGUUAUUCAGAAACAACUGAAGAAAAGCCAAAAUGUGGAAGAACAAAACAAAUUGCAGCAGCUCCUUAAGCGAAUGACACAACAGGAAGAAGCACAGAGGAGACGCCAGAAGGAGAGAGAAAAUUCCCUGGCAUUCAAGAGGCAGCAAAGAGAGUUGGCCAAGCAAGGAAAGAAGCCUUUCUUCCUAAAGAAAUCUGAAAUGCACAAAUUGGAACUUGCUGAGAAAUACAAAGAGCUGAAGAAAAGUGGGAAGCUGGAGAGCUUCCUAAACAAGAAGAGGAAAAGGAAUGCUGCUAAGGACAAAAGGAGACUCCCUUUUAGGAAGGAUGUCUAAUAUCUGGCUACCACCCCCCCCAAAAAAAGAGAAGACCCCACACACAGGUUCAUACUUUGCCAGUUAUGCAGGCAACUCUGAGAAAGAUGACCUCUUCUGCUUUAAGCCAGGCCAUGACUGUGAAUAGCGAGGAACCAUUCCAACAGUCCAAGAUAGUCUGCCAAGCAAUUUAUGUCCACUGAAAAAAUGAUUGCUUAGCAAAAUUAAAUUAUGUUCCAAUUUCACAAGCACCUCUUAAACUUUCAAAAAUGAAUCUUUUUAGGGAUUAAAUUUUCUGCUGUUGUUUUUUUUUUCUUUUCCUUCCCAGCACAGUGUAAUGGGUCCCAAUCAAUCUAAUGUCUGUCUUCUCUGCUUCUCCCAAAACUGGUCUUCCUCCUUCUAGUCUAUUUUUUCUACUAUGUGUAGGCUCGGCAUUCACCCACCAUUUUUCAAAAUUGCUUUCCUGGAGAGCACUCUUGCCUUCCUGCAGCUACCCAUUAGUCCUGCUUGAUUGUGAUUCCAGCUGUUUUCUUUGCAGAGCACAGUAACUGAUGCUUAACAGAAUUUCCCAGUAAACCACAGUCCUACACUAGCUAGAACUUUCUGUAAGUAUUGCGGAUGGAAGAGUCACAAACAGCCUAGUGAAUUCUAUUCUUAAAAGGGCAUAUAUAUCUUUUUCAGCUUCUCAAACUUUGGUUAGGGACAUCUGCUUUCUUUUGUAAUAUGAAUGUAUGUACUUUUACCACUGAAGUGGACUAUGAGCAAUUUUUUACAAAAUUUGUGUAAGCAUUCUUACUGCAAAAGUUUUAUUACAAUACAAAAUUGGCAAUUUUCAUUUUGACUGAGUUUGCUGGAUCACCAGUUAGCAUCACUGGGUGUACCUUCUUGUCUCAAUGCUAAACAAAUCCAAUUUUUCAAACAUUCCCUAAAGAUUUCAGCGUACCAUUUGGUUACACUCUAGUUUGUUGGUGUGCUUUUAAAAACAAUGGACUCAGAAAUGGACAUGAUGCUAUAGAUGUGGUUUGGCCAGCACAUAAUAUUGUGGAAGAGCUGUCUUGCAGGAUCUGAGUAAGUUUUAUCUACUGCAUCAUUCUGCUUCUCAUAGUGGUCAUCAAGAUAGCACUGAAAAGCCAGCAAUCUAUAAUGCAAGAAUUUGCUCCUUCCAUUGCUCUUCAGCAGUUUUUUCCAACUAUGACUUUUGUGAUUUUGCCACCCAUUGCACAGAAUUUUAUAUCAAGGGACUGAUUUUGUACCCGAUAACCAAUGUGAGAUUUGCCUUAUAUAGUCACAAACUCCAGAGAAACCUGUAAAUCACAUGUAUGUUUUGAGCAAAUACCACUGCUGUUAGCUCCUCAGGAUGCUAGGAAAGUGACUAAUAAGAGGGAGGAAUUUGAAAUACUGCUGUCUGCAUUUGUUCAACUGCUCUGUUCUACAACAUGGAACCUAGGAUGCCCCCGGUUUCUUGGUCUCUUUUAUAACUAUUUUAUAUAAUUCUCUGUAUUGCUCAUUAGAUUUGCAGGACAAGAAAGAAUUUGCCAGUGACCAAAAACUCUGCACUGCUGAACUGUGAAACGUAUUUACACUUCGGUAAAUCUGUUUCAUAGCAGCACACAUGGUUAACGGUACCAUUAUCAGGACAGUAUAAUGGUUAACAGUAUAAUUAUCAGUUGCAGCAGGUUUGGCUUUAAAGAAGCAAGUGAGCUUGCUAGGGUGACCCUUGUGAAUGGUGUUAUUGAUUCUUGUAGCUGGCUAUGAUACAUGUUUUAAAGAUUGAUAUCCUUUUGGCUUGUAUAAAAUGAUGAAUUAAUUUGUGGGUCAAUAAAUAAUUGAUAAAUCUUCCUAGCAGUAUCUCAUAAUCAAAUACAAGUUUUACUUGAGUGUGGUUAGACAUGGUACAUGCUGUCUCUCUUUCUUGAACUAAUUUUGAUGUUUAGGGCAGAAAGUCCAUUCCUUGCACUACACAA